CCGCACCGCCAGAAACGUCGAUAUUUGCCCGAUUUCGGAAAAAUUGCGAUUUUUUGCGCGUUUUAGUGCCCGAAACCCCAUCGAAGCGAUUUCCACCCCAAACUAGUCGACAGGAGCCGGCACAGUGGCCAGAUUCGAGGCAAAGCUGUUGUCAGCCGUUAAUAAUUUCUUUGCGACGUCGCCGCUGGUCAACCAGAUCAAGGAUCUGAUGACGAAGCAGACCGAGCAGCCGGACAGUCAAGAUGGCGGGCCGACGUUUCGGAAGAUCGACGCUGUGAGCAGCUGCCCGAAACUGGGCGAAAAUGUGUCGGCGCGCCUCAGUUGCGUGUCGAAGAGCCAGAUGAAAGAGUUUCGGGAGGCCUUCCGGCUGUUCGACAAGGACGGCGAUGGCAGCAUCACCAAAGAAGAGUUGGGGCGAGUGAUGCGCUCGCUCGGCCAGUUCGCUCGCACCGAGGAGCUGCAGCAAAUGCUCCAAGAAGUCGACGUUGAUGGCGAUGGCAACGUGAGUUUCGAGGAGUUUUUGGACAUGGCGUGGACGGCGGGCGCUGGCACCGACCCCGAUCAGGUUCUGUCGCGCGAAGAAGAGGAAAAAGAGCUGCGCGACGCGUUCCGCGUCUUCGACAAGCACAAUCGAGGCUACAUCACGGCGUCCGACUUGCGGGCGGUGCUUCAGUGCCUCGGCGAGGACCUUUCGGAGGAGGAGAUUGAGGACAUGAUCAAAGAGGUGGACGUCGAUGGGGACGGCCGCAUUGACUUCUACGAAUUCGUGAACGCCCUCGGGGAGCCGGGCAAUGACGACAGCUACGAGGAGGACGACGACGACUACGCAGGCUAUUAACCACUUAUCGAGCUCCAAUUAACUUAUUCGCAUUCUAACCGGCCCUUUGGCGCACUUUCAUCCACAUUUCGGGCGUUUUUUCUUCAAAAUAUUAACGCACACAUACAUGUAUAAAUAUAGUGAUAUACAGGAAA